AGAAGAACAGGAUUGUAGCGCUGCAAACUGCAAAAGCCUUCUCUGUUUCUCUUUCUCUGCAACUGAUACAGUCACCGCGUGUGUGCACGCGCGUGUAUCUGCUACAAUCUCAUUCAUCGUGCUUAACUACAUCCUUGUUAUACCUUGUGCUUAAAAAUCGCGUUAGUCACGCCAUCGGAUCGUGUUGCUUCAACGCAACAGUUAGGCCAAUAUGGAGCGGAAGACCACUGAUUUAGACCAAGGUUGGGACUAUAUGCAGAAGGGGAUUACCAAGCUGAAGAGAAUUCUCGAAGGGUUACCUGAAACUCCUUUCAGUUCUGAGGAGUACAUGAUGCUAUACACGUAUCCUUUUUCACGGAUUCCGUUAUUGUUGUCCAUAAUGUUGUUGUGUUCUAUUAUAAUGUCUUUUAACGCUAGUUUUAGGUAUUAUGUGCUGUUUUUCUUUAAUUUAACUAUCACAGAACCAUUUAUAAUAUGUGUACUCAGAAGCCACCAUAUGAUUUUUCGCAACAGCUUUAUGACAAGUACAAGGAAGCUUUUGAUGAAUACAUUAAAUCCAUUGUUUUGCCGUCCCUAAGAGAGAAGCAUGAUGAAUUUAUGCUGCGGGAACUCGUCCAAAGAUGGUUAAACCAUAAGGUCAUGGUCAGGUGGCUUUCACGCUUCUUCUAUUAUCUUGAUCGCUACUUCAUUACUCGACGCUCCCUGCCUGGACUCAAUGCAGUUGGACUCACUUGCUUUCGUGAUUUGGUUUAUAUGGAAGUACGAGCCAAUGCUAGGAAAGCUGUGAUUGCUCUUAUUGAUAAAGAACGCGAGGGUGAACAAAUUGAUAGAUCAUUGUUGAAAAAUGUUCUUGAUAUUUUUGUUGAGAUUGGUAUGAGUGAAAUGGACAAAUAUGAACAGGAUUUUGAGAUACAGAUGCUUGAAGAUACUGCUGAUUACUACAGAAGUAAGGCAACAAACUGGAUUGAGACUGACUUCUGUCCAGAUUAUAUGCUAAAGGCUGAGGAUUGCUUGAGAAGGGAGAGAGAGAGAGUGUCUCAUUACUUACAUGCUAGCACUGAGCAGAAAUUGGUAGAGAAAGUGCAACAUGAGUUGCUGGUGACUCAUGCAAAUCAAUUACUAGAGAAAGAGAACUCUGGCUGCCGCGCCUUGCUUAGAGACGAUAAGGUGGAAGAUCUCUCUAGGAUGUAUAGACUUUACCAUAAAAUACCUAAAGGCUUGGAUCCUGUUGCUAAUGUAUUCAAGCAGCAUAUUACAGCUGAGGGUACAGCAUUGGUCCAACUUGCUGAAGAAGCUGCUUGCAGUCAGACUACAAGUGGUUCUUCUAUCUUUCAGGAAGUCCUUGUCCGAAAAUUCAUAGAGCUCCAUGACAAGUAUAUGGCAUAUGUUAAUGAUUGCUUUAUGAAUCACACUCUAUUCCACAAGGCAUUGAAGGAAGCAUUUGAGGUAUUCUGCAAUAAAACUGUUGCUGGUAGUUCCAGUGCAGAACUAUUAGCUAUUUUCUGUGACAAUAUCCUUAAAAAGGGUGGAAGUGAGAAGCUAAGUGAUGAAGGGAUCGAAGAAACCCUUGAGAAGGUGGUCAAACUGCUUGCAUACAUCAGUGAUAAGGAUCUUUUUGCAGAAUUUUACAGGAAGAAGCUUGCCCGGAGAUUGCUUUUUGACCGGAGUGCCAAUGAUGACCAUGAAAAGUGCAUAUUGACAAAGUUAAAGCAACAGUGUGGUGGCCAGUUCACAUCAAAGAUGGAGGGGAUGGUGGUAGAUCUGAACUUGGCCAAGGAUAAUCAGAUGAAAUUUGAGGAAUAUCUUUGUGAUUCACUAGCAAAUCCUGGAAUUGAUCUGACAGUGACUGUUCUUACCACGGGAUUUUGGCCUAGUUACAAGUCUUUCGAUCUCAACCUUCCAUCAGAGAUGGUCAAGUGUGUGGAAGUUUUUAAGGACUUCUAUGAAACAAAGACAAAACACAGAAAACUUACAUGGAUUUACUCACUGGGAACUUGCCAUGUUGUUGGCAAAUUUGAAGUAAAAAGCAUUGAACUGAUUGUUUCAACGUAUCAGGCUGCUGCUCUACUGCUAUUCAACAAUGCUGAUAGGUUGAGCUAUUCAGAGAUUAUGACUCAGCUGAACUUGGCCCAUGAAGAUGUUGUUAGAUUACUCCAUUCUCUGUCAUGUGCAAAACAUAAGAUACUUAUGAAGGAGCCGAACUCAAAAACUAUAUCUCCAAGUGACAUCUUCGAGUUCAACUACAAAUUUACAGAUAAAAUGAGAAGGAUCAAGAUCCCUCUACCGCCGAUCGAUGAAAGGAAAAAAGUUAUUGAAGAUGUUGAUAAGGAUAGGAGAUAUGCCAUUGACGCAGCAAUUGUGCGUAUUAUGAAGAGUAGGAAAGUUUUGGGCCAUCAACAAUUAGUUUUGGAGUGUGUUGAGCAGUUGGGUCGCAUGUUCAAGCCUGACAUCAAAGCAAUCAAGAAGCGGAUCGAAGAUCUCAUCACUCGGGACUACCUGGAAAGGGACAAAGAUAACCCAAACACCUUCAGGUAUCUGGCGUAAUGGAAGUUACUAAGGCAUAGAGAGUGGUCAGUUAUAAAGCCUGCAAUUGAGCACUGGGGUUGUCUGAAUUUGAUUCUUAGGGAAGUACAGUUGGGAAUACUUAAGGAUACAAAAUGCUGUAAAUAAUCGUAGUCGAUUAAUUAAUUCAAUAGCACCAGGAGCGAGGUUUUUUUUUUCCAUACUUAACCUCCUGAGAGUUAGAUUUAGUUAUUACUUUAUUUUGUUGAUAUAUAGAGAUAUAAAUACAGGAGCGAAGCUAGAUAUCGUACUAAAUGCGGUAUUGUUAUAUUCUUGGUUACUUGAAUGGAAAGGGGAGGGGGAUAGUUGACAUAACGUCGAUUGAUGUCAUUUAUGAAAUUACGAUUAGUUUCGGAUUAUUGU